AAAAAAAUCGGGCAUAUUUUCACUCGGACAUCCCUUCAUAUCCCUUAUAGAAAGCUUUUUUGGGACGUAUGCGUAGAUAGCUUGAGGAAACUUUUAGCAAGUAACCCCCCCCCCCUUUACUUGCCUGGCCCCUGACUAUGAUGCCAUUUUAUCUGUUGGCCUCCGCGAUCGCGCGCGACCGGUCACUGGUGAACUCUGAUAACUGAUGCUUCUUUCAAAUAUGUACAUAUUUUUUAAUUUUUCACCCAUUUCGAUGUGAACAAAGUGCAGUUUGUGCGAAACUAAUUACACUGCGAGUACGUUUUAACGUUACAAGUCCGGGAAAUUGUGGAAUUUUUGCCUGGCCCCUGACUAUGAUGCCAUUUUAUCUGUUGGCCUCCGCGAUCGCGCGCGACCGGUCACUGGUGAACUCUGAUAACUGAUGCUUCUUUCAAAUAUGUACAUAUUUUUUAAUUUUUCACCCAUUUCGAUGUGAACAAAGUGCAGUUUGUGCGAAACUAAUUACACUGCGAGUACGUUUUAACGUUACAAGUCCGGGAAAUUGUGGAAUUUUUGCGGUUUUUUGCGUUGCUUGUUUUUUAAGUUUGAUGCGGUUUGAGAGCGGAAGACGAGGAUGAGAGUGAUGGGGAACUGAAUAUGAAGAAGAAGAAUAAGGAGAAUCAGAUGAAAGAUGACUGUUACAUGCAUGUUUAAAUUUCUUUUCUUUUCUUUUUUUUUCUAGCCAUCUAGUGUUUUUUCUACUCUAAGUCCCUGUUCCGUCCUUUGAAUGUGAAUAUGAAUUUAAAGUAAAAGUUAUCUUGAAUAUGUUCAAAGAAUUCAUAAAUGUAUUUCAUUUGUUUUCUCACCGAUCUUUAUGCAUAAGAAUGAUAUCUUAUGACAAAGUUUCGAAAUUAACUUUGCAGUGAAUGGAAUGAUUUAUCUAAUGCAGCAGCUCAUAACUGGGGAGGUAUUUUUGCGUAUUUGUGACACUUAUUAUUUCAGAACAAGUUUGUGUAAAUUUAAAAUUUAUAUUAAGACUUUUCCGUUCGAGGACGAGUCAGGAAUCAUAUUCAAGUUUCGCACAACAAACAUCGGCAGAAUGAAGGCAGCCCUGUCUUUCCUCACUUUUUCCCUGAUCUGCACUUUGAUCUAUGGGCUUCCAACCCCAGAAGACGAUACACUCGACUCAUUCAACGUCGACGACGAAUGUGCGGACGGAGGCAACGAAGCGACAAAAGAGGCUUGUAACGGCAAACUCAUCUCCAAAGAUGAACUUUCAAGCUCUAUCAAAAGUAACCUUAACAAGAUUGGCGUCACGGGUAUGGAAAAACCCAAGGACAAGGAGACAGAGAAAGAGAAGGACAAGCAGGAGACAGAGAAGGACAAGCAGGAGACAGAGAAGGAGAAGGACAAGCCGAAGCUGGAGAGACGUACCCACGGGAAGGACGAUAGCAAGAGCAAGGACAUCGACGAGACGAUCCGCGUGCUGAAGGACCUGAAGAACGAGGUGAAGGCGGCCUACAUCGGGACGGUGAAGCUGAGCAAGAAGCUGGACGAGCGGAUCAAGCCGGAGCAAGCCGAGAUGCUGGCCAUCUACCUGCGGCAGCUGAAGAUCGCCACGGACUACAGCGUCGAGAAGAUCGACGACUGCGUCCGGAAGCUCCGCGACGAGAAGAAGGGAGACCGCGAGCGCAUGGGCUACUCCAGCGGCGGAGGCGUUUCGGACACCGUCGCACCAGCCCUCGUCAACGUCUUCAACCAGUACGACAGCGUCUACGAGUUCGUGUCCGACUUGCAGUAGGCUAUCACAUGAGCUGCAGCGGGAUCAUUAUUGAAACGUAUAGACAAAGCGAUAGACGAAGAAGACAUAGGGAGUAGGGGGCGAUCCUAUUGGCUAAAGUGGGUGGUUCCUAUGCACUAAGGGAGAGAACGAUGAACUAC